UAUUUCUCGUUGUGUACAUUAUUUUGUUUCUAUAACUAUGGAUAGUUCUGAGGAAAAGUUCUCGUGGACGCAACAAUUGACAAUGAAACUCAUACAGGAAGUCGAGCGUCGUCCAUGCAUUUGGAGCCGUGUAGAUGGUGAUUAUUCAAAUAAAACAAUGAAAGCAAUAGCAUUUGAUGAAAUCGGUGAAAUACUAAAUGUGCCAAGCGCCAACGUACGUGAAAAAUUUCGAAAUCUACGCAUAAAUUUCAUGCAAGUGCAUAAAAAGAAAUUGUCUGCCGGUAGCAGAGCAAACUAUGUACCAAAGUGGGAGUUUUACAAUGCAUUACUAUAUAUGGCGGAUAUGUGUGGAGCUUCUUCGAUAUCUUCUGCCUCGUCAACAACAUCAAAAUCAACAAAACGACGAAAAUUGCGCGAUUACAAAACAGAUAUACAAGAUACACCUAUAACUACAGAUCCACUGUCUGACGAUGGCAAUAGCUCACAGACACAAUUUAGCCACGACAAAGAGCCACGUUCAAAGUUUGUCGAAUAUGUAACACCCUUCAAGAGAACAACAGAAAAUUUAAGUGAAACGGAAAUGCCUGCUAAAAGAACCGCAGAAAAAUUUGGCGAAUGUAUAGCAAUGUCGCGAUCAUCGCAUGCAAAAUUUGGCGAAUAUAUAGCAUUUAGUCUUGAAAAUCUCGACGACACGCAAUUAGUUAAGAAAACAAAAGCUAAAAUACAGCUCAUCAUAUCCGAAGCGAUAAGAGAACGUGCCAUGGCCGAAUUGGCGCAGUGCGAGUCUACUGCGGAAUUUUAAAACGUUUUUUAUUGACAUAUCCACACUCCAUGAUACUUAAAACUCGAGUUAAUUUGCCUCUAUUUUUUGGAACACUGGCAGUACAAUGCUUUGAUAUAGUAUAUGAGUCCCUUAUUAUAGUAUUUAAAUAUAAGGCGGCAUUUCGAAAAAACUAUACUGAGUUUUGGGCCACUAGGACAUUCCAAGAAACGAUAUAGCAGAUGAGAUUGCCAAGAAUGAUAUCUGCCUGAUCAUCGAACCAAUAUAAUAAAUUUGAAAGUCGCUGACAGACAGAUCAGGGUGAUAUCGAAUGCCUUAAGGUCAUUCAAGAUCAUCAUCUUACAAAAUUUCAUUCGGAAUGUCAUUUCAUAAUAUGAAGUAGAUCGGUUUAAAAAAGACGAUAAAAUUAAAAAUUUUUCAUGUUAAAAUAACGAUACUUGAAUUUAAGCUAUUAGAUUAUUUUAAGGUUCUUUAAGAUCUAUAACUAAGUAUUUUAUAAAAACAAAUGACUAUUAUGUAUGUAAGUACAUCU